GACAAUCAAAAAAAUCUACAUACCAUAUACAUAUAUACUCUCAAAACAAAGGUUAAUUUUCUAAAGAAGUCUGACUCCAAUAUAAUUUAUUUUGCUAAUUUAUGAUAAUGAAUGCUAUUAAUACCAAAAGUAUUUAAUUACAAUAUUUAAAAAGAAUUGAAAUGGCGUCCAAAUUGCCAAAAUCUACUUUAAAUUUAAAACAGUUUCUCUUACGCCAAGAAGUAUUAAAAUUGUACAGAGACAUAUUUAGAACAAUAAGAAAAGUGUCCGAUGAAAGAACUCGAAUGGAAAUGAAAGAAUGGGCAAGAACUGACUUCAGAAAUAAUAAACAUCACACCGAUGAAACAACUAUCAAAUCAAUGUUGUAUUAUGGAAGGAAAUCUUUGAAAGAUCUACAGAAAUCAUUAGCGCUUAGUGACAGUUGAUAUUGUCAAAAAUGGUUUAAAACUAAUAAAUUUAAAUUUUGUAUAAAUGUUUAAAAGUGUAGGAUUACAAUAAAUUUGUUAUGUUGAUACA